CUAGAAGGCAAGACCACAACUGGUGGCCAAAGUAGCAUGGCUCCAUCACUUCUUGCAGCAGCAGGAGGACUUCUGUUACUUUUCUCCUUCUCAUCAGGAGUGAGUCACUGAAUUUAGGUUUUUCACUCACACAGUUUUAUUGGGAAAAAAUCAAAAUCGUUUUUGUCUUUUUUGUGUAGCAAGUCAGAGUAGACAAUGUUACAGCAUGCACCACGAAUGGCUUUGGAAAGUACUGUCCAACUACAUGUGGAAUGGCUGAUUACUUGCUGAGGUAUAUGCCGGGGUGAACAGGGAUUGGACAAUUUGCAACAGGAACUUGAAACAAUUGCCAAUUUGACCCAGCCUCCCAAACCUCCAGUGAACUUCAGAAUUUAAUUUCAUACAACGAGAGGAAAAUGGCAGACUUGAAACAACUCUCCAUUCAGCUGCAGCAGAAAUGCAAGGAAUCCUGCAAAGACACAGUUAAGAUCCAGCCUACCACAGGGAGAGACUGUCAGGAUGUUGCAAACAAAGGAGCCACCACCAGUGGUCUUUACUAUGUGAAACCAGCAAAAGCCACAGAGCAGUUUCUGGUCUAUUGUGAGAUUGACAGCUUUGGACGUGGCUUUACAGUAAUACAGAGGAGACGCGAUGGAAGCGUGGACUUCCGCAAGGACUGGAUCCAGUACAAGCAGGGCUUUGGUAAUCUCUCAUCAGAUGACACAACUGAGUUCUGGCUUGGCCUAGAGAAGAUGCAUCUCUUGACUGCCACUUCAAGCAUUCCAAAUGUGCUCAGGAUAGACCUUGUUGACUGGGAGGGAAACAAAAAGUAUGCCGACUACAACAUGUUCAGAGUUGGACCAGAGAUCGACAUGUACCGUCUAACAUACGGCUUCUACUUUGGCGGUGAUGCUGGAGAUGCUUUCGAUGGCUAUGACUUUGGUGAUGAUCCCAGUGAUAAGUUCUACACGUCUCACAAUGGCAUGCAGUUCAGUACCCACGACAAGGACAAUGACAAGUACGAUGGCAACUGUGCUGCGCAGGACGGCACCGGUUGGUGGAUGAACAGAUGUCAUGCUGCACAUUUGAACGGCAAAUACUACCAGGGUGGCAGGUACACGGAGAAGGAUGCAGGUGAAUUUGGCUACGACAACGGCAUUAUUUGGGUCACAUGGCACGACCGCUGGUACUCCCUGAAAGAGACCACCAUGAAGUUCAUUCCCCUCAGUCACAUCACAGCAGGCAGUCGACAGCAGGCUGGGGAGAAACAGUUUGGUGGACUUGGAGAUGCUUAAAAUGUAGAUUAAUACGGUUGUGGUCUGUUAAGGCUGCAGUUAAGGUGUUUAGUAUAACAGCACUGAAAUCGCCUUAAAUGAAAUAACGCGCCUCCUUGGAAGAUCUCUGACAGAAAUUAGUAAAUAACAUGACUCCAUAAUGUCUCGACUUUAUGAUGUGUCCAUGUUUUGCUGAUCUG